CAAAUCCCAAACCGUCAUUGUUCACCAACUGUCAUCUCAGUAAAAUUCUGCCUCUGACUAGCUAUUGCUUAAAAAUAGUUAGUCCUGCUUAGUCCUUAGCUUUUUAUUUAUUUAUUUAUUUUUAUCUCUCUCUUGGCAGGCUCAGACCAUUGGCUUCUGGUGUGGAGCCACACCCCUCACAAACCUCCCUCUGUGCCGGAGUGAUGCAGCAGUCCGCGGUCGGUCAGUGGGUGAAAGAGGGCAGCUUGUCAGUAGCCUGGUCCGCUAGCCUACGGCGUCUCUGAAGAGGACGAGUGUGAAGGAGAACGGCUCGGAGUUCAGACGUCGGAAGGCGGGACAGGAGUCAUCUGUCAGGGGAUACCUUCGUGUACAUGAGGACCGGUAAACACGACCCGGGUACACGAGGGACUCAACAUGAACCGAAUAACGGGGAGAACAGGAGACGACAGUUUAAUUGAGAUGAGCCCAACGGACUCUUUCAGUGAUGACAUGAAUGGCUAUCAGCAACAUGCCUCAUCCAGUGCAGGAUCCCUCCAGCAGGGACAAUCUGGGUCUCCUUUAAUGCCUGAUGUGUGUAUAGAGACAUGUGAGUCUCUCAACACCAGUCUGGCCUCCCUGGCCCCCUCUGAUCACAGCGACACUCCACAGUAUGAGACUCAGACCAUAGCGCAAAUCAAUGCUUUGACUGGGCUAUCAAGAAAGCGGGCACUAUUCCUGAAGUUUCGUUCCAGGAUCGACAAACAACAACACAGUAAAGACUCUGUGUUCUUCCGUGAUGGACGGCGCAGGAUUGAUUUUGUCCUGUCAUAUGUUGAUGAUAAAGAUGGCGAGAGAAAACAGGAGAGGAGGAAGUUGUAUGAGGCCAAUCUAGAGAAAGUUGGCCUGGAGCUGGAGAUAGAAGAUAAGAUGGAGUCAGAAGACGGAAAGACUUAUUUUGUGAAGAUCCACGCUCCUUGGGAGGUGUUGGCCACCUAUGCAGACGUGCUGAAGAUCAAGGUCCCAUUCAAGGCCAACGACAUCCCAGACAACAGCGAGAUGCCCAUGAACUGGCUGUCCACACCUUUCCGUCUACCGGAGCACAUCAUGCACCCUGAGCCAGACUAUUUCACAGCUCCGUUCAACAAGGACAAGUCUGACUUCUUCCUCAUCGGCGAGAAGGAGACGUUCUUCCCCCCUUCCACUCGCAACAGGAUAGUUUACUACAUCCUGGCCCGCUGUUCGUACUUCAGGGAUGAGUGUGGAGAUAAAGACAAGAAGGGAAUCAAGCGAUUACUCAACAACGGCACUUACACUGCUGCCUUCCCACUACAUGAUAGUAGAUACUGGAUAAGAUCAAGGGACCCCAGCUGUGAAAGUGAGAGAUACAGUCUGUACAAACACUGGGCCAGAUUUUUCUGUUUCUUUAAGGAGCAGCCUCUCAAUCUCAUAAGGAAGUAUUAUGGGGAGAAGAUAGGUAUUUAUUUUGCUUGGCUGGGUUUCUACACUGAGAUGCUGUUGUUUGCUGCAAUAGUCGGGACCAUUUGUUUUGUCUACGGAUUCUUCACCUAUGAUGACAACGAGUGGAGUAAAGAAAUCUGUAGUGCGGAAAUUGGAGGUAACAUUGUCAUGUGCCCGCUGUGUGACAAGAAAUGUGGCUACUGGAAACUGAACUCAACAUGCUACUCCUCAUGGCAAUCACACCUGUUUGACAAUGUUGGAACGGUGUUCUUUGCCAUAUUUAUGGGUAUAUGGGUGACACUGUUUCUGGAGUUCUGGAAGAGGCGACAGGCUCGUCUCGAGUACGAGUGGGAUCUGGUCGACUUUGAGGAGGAACAACAGCAGCUGCAGCUUCGGCCAGAGUAUGAGACCAAGUGCACCAACCGCAAGCUGAACCGUAUCACUCAGGAAAUGGAGUGGGUUCUUCAAAGGACUCCUACUGAUCUAAUGGGCAAAUUACUUCUGUGCUGGGCCCCUGUGUUAUUCUGGAUCUCAUUGAUCAUUGCCUGCAUCAUUGGGGUGAUAGCGUACCGCCUGGCAGUAUUCGCAGCCUUCGCCAGCAUCAUUGAGGACAAUCGCUCCACCAACCUGGGGGUGGUUGGUCCCCUUAUUACGCCACAGUUGGCCACAUCUGUCACCGCCUCCUGCAUCAACUUUGUCAUUAUCAUGAUCCUCAACCUUAUGUAUGAGAGAGUGGCCGUUUGGAUCACUGACAUGGAAAUUCCCAAGACUCACCUGGAGUAUGAGAACAAGCUGACAGUAAAGAUGUUCCUCUUCCAGUUUGUCAACUACUACUCCUCCUGCUUCUACGUGGCUUUCUUUAAGGGAAAAUUUGUCGGCUAUCCUCGAGAUUAUGCUUAUAUGUUUGGCCCGUGGAGCAAACUUAGGAAUGAAGAGUGUGACCCUGGUGGCUGUUUGAUUGAGUUGACCACCCAACUGGUGAUAGUGAUGACUGGUAAACAGGUGUGGGGCAACAUCCAGGAAGCUCUGGUCCCGUGGCUGAUGAACUGGUGGGGCAGCAGGAAGGCACGAAGCCACCCAGAGAGUCUGUACAGCCGCUGGGAGCAGGACCACGACCUGCAGGUCUUUGGACAGCUGGGCCUUUUCUACGAGUAUUUGGAAAUGGUGAUCCAGUUUGGUUUCAUCACGCUGUUCGUUGCCUCCUUCCCCCUGGCACCCCUGCUGGCACUUAUCAACAACAUUAUCGAGGUCAGAGUGGACUCCUGGAAGCUCACGACUCAGUUCAGACGUCCUGUGGCAGCAAAGGCUCACAGCAUCGGAGCUUGGCAGGAAAUCCUCAGUGGGAUAGCCAUACUCUCUGUUGUCACAAAUGCAUUCAUUGUGGCCUUCACCUCUGAUAUGAUCCCUCGGCUCGUGUACAUGUACGCCUAUCAGCCACAGGGGGAGCUGAAUAUGAAAGGCUACAUAAACAACAGCCUGUCGGUGUUUAAUAUCUCUGAGUUCCAACCGGCCAACAAGCCAGACGAUGGCAAUAACCCUCUCUGGUUCAACAGCUCCAUCACUACCUGCAGGUACCGUGAUUACCGUUACCCUCCUGGCCAUGAGAAGCAGUAUGCCCACACGAUGCAGUUCUGGCAUAUUCUGGCUGCCAAGCUGGCUUUCAUCAUUAUCAUGGAGCAUGUCGUGUUCCUGGUCAAGUUCUUUGUGGCCUGGAUGAUUCCUGAUGUUCCCUCUGAUGUGAGGGCUCGUAUAAAGAGAGAGCGGUACCUGGUCCAGGAGUAUCUCCAUAACUAUGAAGUGGAGAAGCUGAAGAUCCAGCUCAGCCAAAACAACCAUGGGGACGAGUGCACCUGCACACCCAUGAUCUAUCCGUCGUUACCCAAACAUGAGGUGCUGUCAGAGUGUCUCUAGUCCAGCAAGCUGCUGGUCAAUCAGCUGGACAUGAUGGGAGGACGUGGUGAUGUAGAUUGCCCUGCUUGUGUAUUAUGAUACUGACCAUCACUUUGCUGUAGUGCCUGUGUUGUUUGUGCCAUAAACACAGACACACACAACUUUAUCAAAUAGCUAGGGGUUUCCUCAAUCCACAUCCAUCCAUUUACGUAUCUGCUAAUGGUGGAAGUGUGUACAGGUGAAAGACCAAGUGUCCAUGCAUGCUGAAACUUGAGGCACAUGGCUUUGCCACAUAUUUAUGGCUUUUCACUCUCUACGUUGUAACCAUAGUGGUAAUUAAAAUUUGCUGUAUUUAAAAAAAAGAAGGAAAUACACUGUGUCUAAGACAGGCAACUUACUGGUGGUUUAUUAUAAACCUAUUUAUUCAAGUGCCACAACAAAGUAACCAAAGAUUGAAUGCCUUAUGAUGUGGUCUGAGCACAGAGUGUAUAUAAAGGUGGACGACUUCCUCCAAAUGUACAAAACUGAAGCCAAAAUAUCCUAUUUAUGGUUGCUGCCAUCUUGUGCUAAUGGCAUUAUUUGGAGCCUGCGUACCACUUACCAAGUGGUGAACCAACCAAUACACAUGCUGCAAUCAAAACAUCUUCUUUUUAUGGCACCAAUCAACUAAUUAAAACCCAACUUUUCAGAAAAAAUGAAUCCUUUCUGCAUGAUAAGAACUACCUAAAUGAACUUAAAAAAAACAUUGUUGGGUGACUUUGACUUUUUAGAUGGCACAUGUCGACCCGCUAACAUGGAGGGAGAGGGAUUUAAGACAUGUACAACAGCCAGCCAACAGAGAGCAAUCAAGAUGUUUUGCCUUCACUUUUAGGUAGUGUUCAUAUCGACCCUCCAUGUAUAGGAGGGUAAAGUCGUGCCCCUUCUGGUCAACCAUCAUGGCAUGUUAUUUCAGAAAAAUUGUGAAUAGAAGUCAAUGGCAAGAGACGGUAUGAUAUUUUUUUUUAUCUUGUGUGAAUUUUACACUUAAUUUUACACGUGUCAAUGUUUGUCAAGUAGCAGUUUGUCUUAAAACUUGUACAUAAGACACUGACAGACUACACACCCAACAGUCAUUUAAGUGAUGCCGUCUCAUGUUAUGCUCACCAAAACCCAUAAGGAAAACUUGUUGAGCUGGUUCUGUUUGUUAAUUUGCUCGGCACAUCGACUAGCUCUCUUUUACUUAUAUGCAGCUCUCAGUAUGAUCUGACAUGUUGGGAUUUUCAUUUUUGUAUAUGCUGAGUUGGCAGCCAUGUUGGUCUUGGUGAUGAAGCGAGACGAUUUUGUUCACUGAGCACUUUUACACAAAACUAAAUGGUAUUUUAAAACUUUUAUUACAAACUGUGACUUUAUUUACUUGCAAAAUGACAUUUUAAAUUGACUAACAUCAUACAAUUGAAACAGGCUCAAAACGUUUUUCUUUUUUCAUUUAUUUAUUCAUUCAUUUGUCUCUCCAAUUAACUACUUUUCCAAAAUGAGUUCCCAUGGUAUACACCAGAAGGGGUUGGACUUCACCUCUCAUACAGUCAGUGGGUUUGAAUAUUUCCCUUGUUCAUAUGUACAGCUGUAGGAAGGGUUCCAGUGUCGUAUUCUGUAUAUGUAUGUUAGGUUUUUGUUAUUGUUUUACAGUUACUGCAACAAAUGUGAGCAUUGUUUAUCUGACAGCAUUGAGGUCACAGCACAGAUGUAACAAAAUUUUACCAAAUUAUUUCCUCUAUGGCAGCACACCAGUAAAUCAGCUUGGAACAUUUAGCUUUAAUCUCAACGUAAUCUGACAUGUGAAGUAUCUUUUUUUAUGAAGACAAAUCUGUGCUGCUGUAACUACUGUGAGUAAGGACCAAUGGUGUCCUGCAAUGGCCAGUUUUUGAGCAGCUGGUGCGUGUUGACUUUUUGACAGUGAGUCCGGAGGAGAAGUGAAAAUCCUCUGAGAGAGUGAAGAGAUCCCUUUUUAAUGUGCCUCUGUUUACCAACAUGUCAACGCUAAUGAAAGCCUGCCCCUGCCUACUGAACUAUGUUUGCUCCAUUACACAAAGCACAUCAGCCAUCGCCCACUUCAUGUGCUGCUGGUUUCCUCAGCUGUGUCUGUGUAGGGAAGGAAAGAUACACAUUCUUUUUUGUUUUAUUUUGCACAAAGCACUUAAUGAAACUUGUCUACCAAACCCUAAACAUGUCAGUGGAAUUGUUGUCAUGACACUAUGUAUUCACAAUCAGUGUUUUGAGAGAGCAGUGUGUGGUAAUCUCUGUUCAUUUAAGUGUAACAUGAGUGGCAUGUAGGUAAGAAGGCGAUCCCUUUACUGAGAACGAUGCUUUUUGUUACGUAAUUAUAUGAAGGACAUUUUAUGUUUAUCAGGCUGCCUACAUAGAAAUAUGUGAGAAUUUUCUGUUGUUGAAGUACCUAAAUUUUAGGUAAAAUAGCUGUGCUGCUGUGCUGCAAACUCUGACCACUUAGCGAAGAGCAAAUUUGAAUGGUUCCAGUUUCCCUUUACCUGCCCUGCAUUCAGCUAAACUGGUGCCCAUUGAUGCCUUAAUACAUCUGAUACUUUGUUUUCCAUCUGUACAUCUCCUUUAAAGUUUUUUAAUGGCUUUUCUUCCUCUUCUAUGUUUUAGUCAUAUGUUUUAUUUUAUACUGUCACCAAGCUCUGACAAAUGGUGACCCUGUUUACUGUAUGCCUAUAUUUACAGUCUCAUGUUUUCAUUUGUUUCCUCUCAUUUGUGUAAUUGUCCUGUAUCCAAGUGUGUAUUGUAAACCAAGACUAAUCUCCAAAAUAAAGUACCAGUUCAACUUGA